AUGGCCGCGAAAUCUGAUGGUGCACCCGUCUCUCUACGAAACGAAAUCCCACCCGAGUGUCCUUCCAGGUCGGACCCACGGCCUCCCCAGCGCCGUCCCGCCGAGCAGCGCUACUCCCUCCCGGACUGCUGUUGGACGCUGUGCGCCCUUUUGGUCUUCUUCUCGGACGGGGCCUCAGACCUGUGGCUGGCCGCGGACUACUACCUAAGGAGGGACUACUGGUGCUUUGCACUGACUCUGGUCUUUGUGAUAGUCCCGUCCGUGGUCGUGCAAGUGUUGAGCUUCCGAUGGUUCGCCUACGAUUUCUCGGAAACCGUCGAGAGCGGCACGGCUGCGGCCGCUGUGGUGGCAGCGUCGGGAGCGGAGGAGAGCGACUUCAGCACCAAGGACAGCGGCGAGCGGGGCGCUGGCUGCACUGCCGGGGCCGGGGUGCUGCCUGGGCCGGGCACCGCGGGAGGAGCCCGGGGCUGCUGCAGAGUAUUCAUGUGGCUCUUCCAGGCCAUCGUUCACAUCUUUCAGCUGGCACAGGUCUGGAGGUAUGUCCACGCCUUGUAUUUGGGUGUGCAGAGUCGCUGGCACAGGGACCCCGAGCGCCGUCACUACUACUGGCGUAUGAUGUUUGAGAGCGCUGAUAUAAGCAUGUUGCGUCUGCUGGAGUCCUUCUUGAAGAGUGCCCCUCAGCUGGUGCUGCAGCUCAGCAUCAUGAUCCAGGCCAGUCAGGUGCUGCCCCUCCAGGGUCUUUCAGCUUCUGCCUCACUGAUAUCCCUCGCGUGGAUGGUCUCCUCCUAUCAGAAAGUCCUGAGGGACUCCCGAGACGAUAAGCUACCUAUGACCUACAAGGCCGUCAUAGUUCAGAUUCUGUGGCACCUGUUCACCAUCGGGGCCCGCACUCUGGCUUUUGCUCUGUUCGCCUCCGUGUUCCAGCUUUACUUUGGCAUCUUCAUCGUGGCCCACUGGUGCAUCAUGACGUUUUGGAUCAUUCAAGGUGAAACAGACUUCUGCAUGUCCAAAUGGGAGGAGAUCAUCUAUAACAUGAUGGUGGGCAUUGUGUAUGUUUUCUGCUGGUUCAGUGUGAGAGAGGGGCGCACUCGCUGCAGAAUGCUCAUCUACAGUCUGACUGUAUUCGUUGAGAAUGUGGCACUCACCACUGCCUGGUACCUGUACCGCGGCCCUCGUAGCUCAGACUUCUACGCUGUCAUCAUGGUGUGUGUGGUGGCCAGCAGCUAUGCUCUGGGCACCUUCUUCAUGUUUGUGUAUUACUGUCUGCUGCACCCUGACGGCCCAGUCUCAGGGUGGGGCUAUAUCGUGGAGAAGGAGGUGCCUCUGGAGUCGCUGGCCUCACCAGCUUCCAGCCUCCCCCCUGACCUGGUGAGCAGCCCCCCCAGGACCCUUCAGAGAACUAAAGGGUCAGACAGAGAGCAAGGGCCUGGGGUAGAUGGAGACGUGUUUCAGGUACGACCACCUCGGGGAGCGCAGGCCCUAGUGCCACACCUCACACCCAGGACAGAGGGGCCCGUCAUCCGAAUAGACCUGCCCAGGAAGAAGUACCCCGCCUGGGACGCUCACUUCAUUGACCGCCGGCUGCGUAAAACCAUCCUGGUGCUUGAAAGCGCCGCCCCGGUCACACCCAGGAUUCAGUACCGCUGUCUGGGCACACCCAAAGAAGUGAUGGAGUAUGAGACCACCGUAUGAUGUGCUGAAGGCGCUGUGACUCAGCUCGCUGCCAUGUGGACAUCCUGCCUUAGAAUAAAAUGGCAGGUGGACUCUCACUGAGCAGUCUGUUUCAGCUCCACGCCCACUUGAUUGCUCUCUGUACUGUCAGGAAGUGGAGACAAACGGGCAAAGAAAGGGACAGAGUGUGAUGUCUUUAUUUUAUACAAAGGCACAAACCUGUGAUGUUGUCUAAUGAUGGUGCAUAUUUAAGUUUCUGUAUCAUUUCUCAGGUCAGGAUGUGGUACAGGAAGAGGUCGAGGUUAGCGGCAAAGCUCGCUGCCCAGUGAACUUAGAGAGGAGCACAGGCAGAGAAGUGGAGUGGUGUGAUUAUCAAUCAGAGGCAGAAAGUCCUCCUCAGUGAAGGUGCUUCAGCACAUCCUCUAAAGGCGGUCGACAACAGAGGCAAGCCUUCAACAUGCAUGACUACUUAUGGCAGCUAGAACCGAAACAUCGCCGAACAAGAUGUAGAGGGGAGGCAUUUAAAGAUGCUAAACUCGCACUGUCAUUUUAAACACAGUCUACAAUAAAUGCUGCACAGGUUCUGAUCAUCAUAAUCAUGAUUUUCCAUAGCUAUUCACUCAUGUUGAAGGAGUCUCUGCAAAUGCUGCUUCAAACCUGAA